AAUUAAAGCGCGGUGCUUCUCCGACGCAUUUCGCAUUUCCCGAAAUCAAUCAUCCGUUCCUGGACUUUCGCUCAUUUCUGCCGUCCCCUGCAGCGUCGCUCUGUUUAAUUUUUCCUUGCUGAAUCCUCUCUCAUUUGGCGAUGACUGUCGCCCUGUUUUGACCUCAACUGCCACUCAUUCCACCUUCAUAUUGCUCUCGCGCCCUCAAUCAUGCCGCGAGACACCUACUCCAAGCGCUCUCUCGGGACCUUGUCCAGACGCUUAAAGGAGUCGCGCGUACUCCUCGUGGGUGCUGGUGGUAUCGGCUGCGAGCUGCUAAAGAACCUCUUGCUCUCUGGGUUCGGCGAAAUCCACAUCAUCGAUCUUGAUACCAUCGACCUGAGCAAUUUGAAUCGUCAGUUUCUCUUCCGCUUUGAACACAUUAAAAAAUCAAAGGCAUUGGUCGCGAAGGAAGUUGCCCAAAAAUUCCAACCAAGCGCGAAGCUCGAAGCCUACCAUGCGAACAUCAAGGAUAGCCGUUUCAACGUGGACUGGUUCGCGACUUUCGACGUGGUCUUCAAUGCACUUGACAACCUGGAAGCCCGUCGCCAUGUCAAUAGAAUGUGCCUAGCAGCUGAUGUGCCGCUGAUUGAAAGUGGAACUACCGGAUUCAACGGUCAGGUUCAAGUCAUCAAGAAGGGCCAAACGGAAUGCUACGACUGCAACUCAAAAGAAGUCCCCAAGUCAUUCCCCGUGUGCACCAUCCGCAGUACACCAAGCCAACCUAUCCAUUGUAUUGUCUGGGCGAAAAGCUAUCUUUUCCCCGAGCUUUUUGGAACAAGCGAGGAUGAGACGCCAGAGUUGGAUAGUACUGAAGAUGCCAAUAAUGCGGAAGAAAUCGCGAAUCUACGGAAAGAGGCACAGGCUCUCAAAGAAAUCCGCGAAUCCAUGGGCUCCCCCGAGUUUGCUCAUAAGGUAUUUACAAAGGUUUUCAAGGAGGACAUAGACCGACUACGUGGUAUGGAGGAUAUGUGGAAGACCCGGAAGGCUCCGGAACCCCUGGAAUUUGAGAAGAUACAGGAAGAGGCUUCAUCAAUUGAGCCUACAGUUUCUUGUAACGAUCAAAAAGUCUGGACUUUAGCCGAGGAUUUGGUCGUUUUCAAGGAUAGCUUGGAUCGACUGAGUAAACGACUGAAGACACUGCUAGACGCAACAAAGAGCGACGCCAAGCCCAUCCUGGUGUUUGACAAGGACGAUGUGGAUACGCUAGACUUCGUCACCGCUAGUGCUAACCUGCGAGCAACAAUAUUCGGAAUUGAGCCCAAAUCAAAGUUUGAUACGAAACAAAUGGCCGGUAAUAUUAUACCAGCAAUCGCGACCACAAACGCCAUGACUGCUGGCUUGUGUGUCCUACAGGCAUUUAAGGUCUUGAAGGAUGAUUACGCGCAUGCCAAAAUGAUCUUCCUCGAACGGUCGGGUGCCCGUGCAAUUAAUUCCGAUUCUCUGAAGUCACCCAACCCCAACUGCCCUGUUUGCUCGGUCGCCCAGGCCAGGGUAAAGAUUGACCCAGAGCGGGCCACCAUCAACGACUUGGUACAGGAUGUCCUCCGCUUACAGCUAGGGUACGGCGAAGAGCUUUCAGUCAGCAACGAGCUGGGCACAAUUUAUGACCCCGACCUCGAAGAUAACCUGACUAAGAAGCUAUCGGAACUGGGUGUGAGCAAUGAAAGCCUCAUCACAAUUAUAGACGAGGAGGACGAGCAGCCGCGUGUGAACCUUGAAUUAGUUGUUCUGACUGAGAAGUCGGAAUCCUCUACAGGAGAACAAAAGCCGAUCGCUUUAGUAAAGGUCCCUGAAAUCCCCCGGAAACCACGGGCACCUAUACCUACCGUUAGCGAGCACGUCAAUGGCACUUCGGAUCCAAACAAGCGCAAGCGCAAUGCCGAGGAAGCCGGCCUCACCAACGGCGAAGACCGUUCAAAGCGCUUGGCUAGUAUAUCUGUCGCCGAUGGCGAUGGAUCGAAUCCUAUUGUACUAGAUGAGACGGAAGGAGGUGCGAUUCUAAUUGACGACUGAACGAAAAAAAAAAAAAAAAAAAAAAAAGAGAGGCACACGGAGGCCAAUUGCUUCCUCUCCGCUUCGGACAUAUUUCUCUAUGCAAUGUUUUUUUUUCUCACACAUUGGUUGUUCCUUGAGUUUUGGGUGGACCACCAGAGAUAUCUUUUGCUUCUAUUCCCUUUCAUCUACUGUAACAUAUCAUGCUUUUGGUCCGAAUAGAUUGGACGAAGGGAUUACCGUUGGUGCUAUUUAGUUUGACCGAAGUCAUAAUGCGCAUACUUCGGCGUGGCGUUCCAACAGAGGUACACGAAUGAGUCGAUGAAUUUACUUGUUAUCAUAAUUGAGAUUAUCGU